UGUUCAUGGAGCUGUACCUGAUCCGCCAUGGUGAGACUGUCGACAAUGUCGGGGGCCUCUACGCGGGUGUCCGUGACUCUGCUCUUACUAUUCAUGGCGUGGAACAAGCUCGCCAUCUCGGUCAGCACCUCGCCGGCCGAGGCGUGAUCUUCGACCGCAUCUUCGCUUCAACUCUGUCUCGAGCCUUCAAGACCGCCAAAGCGAUACAGACUGCUCAGCCAGACCCAGCCGCCGGCAGCGACGAGUCAGCCAUUGUUCGAAGUGUCGAGGUCAUUCAGGUCUCACAGCUCAUCGAGCAAAACUUCGGAUUUGCGGAGGGCAUGUCCUUUCAGACUCGUACGGAUGCAAACAAGACGGGAAGAGAGGCGUAUCGCGACCGGCACAAGGAUGAUCCGGGCUUCGUUGACGUCGAGUCGAAAGAGUCGAUUGACAAACGGGCGGACAUCUUUUUGAACGAGCAUCUCUUGCCAUUGUUCGAGCUGCCCUCCAAGACCAGACCUCGCGCUGUGGCAGUCGUCUCGCAUGGCAUACUCCUGUCUCAUCUGUGGCGACGCUUGCUGCUGCGUCUUCCGCCGAAAAGCGUGACAGUCGCGCCGGAGGUGACCGCCCUCAGAGGAACUCUAGUACUGCAGCAUCUUGGUGGCUGGAGCAACACUGGCUAUUUACAGCUCGCGAUGACCAAGGACGAGCAACAUAUCGUUCCAAUCAAGCUCGAUGCGUCGUCACCAAGGCCACCAGUACCAGCUGACACAAUCGAAGCAGUGACAGACGAACCACUUCGAACCGAGCAAGGGAAGGACAACGCAGGACCUGGAGAUGCCGUACGAGAGCGACCUUCGCGCAUGAUAUUCGGCUGGUCGACGACCAUCGUCGCCGUCGACAGAAAAGACCAUCUUGUUGGGCUCAAGAGACAAAGAGGAGGAAUCGGUCGGUCUGCACACGAUGAGAGCCAGAAAAAGCUGACGGGCUUCUUCAAGAAACAGCGGACUUCCUGAGAGCUGGAAUCUCAAGGAAGUCGGAGAAUUGGACGGACAUGAUAUUUUGGUCGGCACACAUUGUCGCACGACUCCCAGGUACCAGCCCACACCGAGAGCUAGAUCACAGCAUAGCUUGUAUGAUAUACCACGAA